UUUUCAGAUAUGGGCUGGAAUUUUCCCACAACUCUCAUCUUGGUCACCUUCUUGGCCGCAAGUCAUGCUCUGAGGGUCGGAGUAGGAAGGGCGGACAUAACAGGACCGGCUGCUGAAGUAGCUUUUAUGGGCUAUGCACACCCAGAACAGAGAGGUACUGGACUCCACCUUAGACAGUUUGCCAGAGCUUUUAUAAUAGAUGAUGGCAAAACCAGGCUGGUAUUUGUUAAUUCAGAUUGCUGCAUGAUGGGUACCUUUUUACGGAAAGAGGUAUUUAACCGUUUGAAAUAUGAGACUGGAGAUCUCUAUACCGAGGACAAUGUAAUGAUGAGCGGCACCCAUACCCACUCCACUCCUGGAGGCUAUUUGAAGGACAUCAUAUUUGACCUAAAUUCAUGGGGUUUUGUUCCAGAAACAUUUGAAGCUUAUGCUAGCGGAAUCACAAACAGUAUUCUACAAGCGCAUUAUCAACUGGAGGAGGGUAGGGUAGAGUUUGCAAACGGCGAAAUCCUAAAUGCAAACAUAAAUAGAAGCCCUACUUCUUACCUCAAGAACCCACCAGAAGAAAGGGCUGAGUAUAAAUAUGAUGUUGAUAAGACCUUUUCACAGUUGAAAUUUUACCGAUCAGAUGGGACACCGAUAGGAGUUUUCACUUGGUUUGCAGUGCACGCAACUUCAAUGAACAACACUAACAAAUUGAUAUCAAGUGACAACAUGGGACUAGCCUCAAUAAUGUUUGAACAACGUGUUAAUGAGCCACACACAAACAUAAUCGGAAAAGGUCCUUUUGUUGCAGCAUUUGCCUCAUCAAACUUAGGUGAUGUCACACCAAACAUAGCUGGUCCCAGGUGUGUCAAGACAGGGCUUCCUUGUGAUGCUGAAACUUCUACCUGUGCAGAUCGAAGCGACAAGUGCAUAGCAUUUGGACCUGGAAAGGACAUGUAUGAUAGUACAUAUAUCAUCGCCAGCAGAAUUAUGGAGAAAGCUUAUGAAACAUGGCAAAAUAAAGGAGAACCUAUAAGUGGAAGUAUAUCAGUUGUUCACCAAUAUGUCGACAUGCCUUCUCAGAAAAUAUUGUACCGCAAUCCCAAAACGAACAUAACUUCAACAGUGAGGGGCUGCCUCCCAGCUAUGGGCUACAGUUUUGCUGCAGGAACUAUUGAUGGUCCAGGAGCAUUCAAUUUUAAACAAGGAACGAACACUAGCAAUCCUUUCUGGAACAUAGUUUCUGAUUUUCUUGCAGUACCUACUAAGGAACUUAUAGAGUGCCAAGCACCUAAGCCUAUUCUGAUUGCUUCAGGAGAAAUUCAUUUUCCAUUUCAAUGGCAACCUUCUGUAGUCUCAACGCAACUGAGCCGUAUAGGUCAAUACAUCAUCGCUUGCGUUCCCGGUGAGUUCACUACAAUGUCUGGCCGCAGGCUAAGGAAAGCUUUGGCAGAGUCUUUCAAAACUAGUCCUGAACAUAUUAUCAUAGCAGGCCUGUGCAAUACUUAUUCAGAUUACAUAGCCACUCCUGAAGAGUAUGAGGCCCAAAGGUACGAAGCAGCUUCAACCAUCUUUGGCCCUUACACUUUGCCAAUCUACUUGGACCAUUAUAAAAAAUUAGCAUCACACUUGAAUCAAGGAUCGAAGCCAGAACCUGGUCCAGAACCACCAGUCUACAAGCGACCCCUCAGCUUACUGCCCCCUGUACUCUGGGACACAGCUGGUUGGGGAAAAAAUUUUGGCGAUGUCAUCAAUCAACCAAGGGCUGUAGCCAAACCUGGCGAGACUGUCUCAGCAACAUUUGUAUCAGGGCAUCCUCGAAAUGAUUUCCUCCACCAAAUUAGCUUUUUGACUAUUGAAAGGCUGAUUGGAGACAAAUGGGAAAUAAUUGCUACUGAUGCUAAUUGGGAAACUAAAUUUAUAUGGAAGAGAGGUAACAUAAUUACUGGCACAAGCACAGCAGAAGUCCAAUGGACAAUUCCGGCUAACACACCUGCUGGGAAAUACAGGAUUCGACACUUUGGGCAUCAUAAAAAUGUUUUUAGAAAAAUAGCUCCUUACGAAGGAACAUCUCGGCCUUUCAAGGUG